AGUGAAUGCUAGACAUUUCUAGGGCUGCCGCCAUUGGCAGAUUGGAAGGAGCUGGGCGUCGUAAUUAAGGGUCAUACAUAUAUAAUAUCGAUCGGUUAGGUUUUUGUACUCAUGUGCAUGGCAGCAGCUGGUAAUAUAUCAAAGAAUCGCCGGAGCGGAAUGUUUCCUAACUGGAAAUAUGAUCAUCACCGGCGGCCGUCGAGUUCUGUGGCAGGUAGGAGACCGGCGCACUUCUUCAAGAUAAUGAUCCCCUCUGCCAUGGCCCAAAAAAAACUGAGGAUCCCCGUAAAGUUUGUAAGAUUAUUUGGGGAUGAAUUGCCAACCGUUGUAACACUCAUUCUUCCUAAUGGUUGUAGUUGGCAAGUGGGAUUGGAGAGAUCAGCUACUGAGAAGGAGAUGUGGUUUCAUGAGGGUUGGCAUGAUUUUGUAGAAUAUCAUUCUAUAGAUUCUGGCUACUUUUUAGUCUUCAGAUACCAAGGAAAUUCAAAUUUCCAUGUUCUUGUAUUUGACAAGACUGCUACUGAGAUCCAGUAUUCAUCUAAAAACUUGGACUAUGAUCAAGGAGUGGACAUGAUUAUGCAGGUAUCGGAUGAUGAUGUAGAAAAAUCAAGCCAUGACAAGUCGAAAGAAACUCAUGAAAUUAUAUUGUCUAAACAUGAAGAUGGAGAAACAUCUGAUCAUGAUAGGGAAAGACCAGUAGUACUUUCUGGCACAUCCAUGAAAAAAAGACGUCUCAGGAUGUCCAGAGGAAGAGAGAGAGCAAUCCAAGCAGCCAUAACUUUCAAGCCUAAAAAUCCUUCGUUCAUGCGUGUCAUGCUGUCACCUGCAUCUUAUCAUAUGUAUGUGCCUAGUGGAUUUGCUACCAGCUAUCUUUCUCUGAAUCAAAGUGUCAAACUUCUGACUUCCGAUGUGGAUGAUGGACAACAUGAAUGGGAUGUCAUAUGCCGGCGUUGCCAUUAUGACAGGCACCCGAGGUCGUCACUUAAACUAGGAAGCGGGUGGAAAGUCUUUGCAAGGGACAAUAAUUUGAAAAAAGGAGAUGCCUUUGUCUUUGAGCUCAUCCAGAGGAAGCCUACUGUGCUUAAAGUCUCCAUAUUUCGCGUAGUUGACUAUGCCUGAACUUUCUAUGGUUACAAUCGCUAUAAGGAUUACUACAAAAUUUCGAAAGCAUUAUGGCAGAAGUUCUGUUUUGAUCAUGCGGCAUAUCGUUGGGUAAAUCUCAUUGAGACUGACUCAACGCUAUCAAAAUCAAUCAUAUCGGAGUUUGCACGUGCCUCCACGUGCCUUCCAAAGUUUUUGUUGCGCUGCCCACGCAUUGCACGUGCUUUAAAGCUUCACAUCCAUGCACCAAACGCGGACGUCUCAUUGUUGACGUCAACCCUAGUCUUGUUAGUAGCCACGUCACCACACUAUCACACCAUCCUGCUACAUUUGCAACCAGACGCCACGUCAGCACUGCUGAUCGUUGACUUUGACCAAUGCAUUGAUUUUUUCGAUCCAAGUGUUUUUUACAUAUUUUCAUAUGUGAGGUUGAACGAUAUUUUAUGGAAGCUGUC